AAAGGCUCCGCGCGUAGCUUGUGACAACUUUGUCUCGCCCUCCGUGUUUAUUCUAAAGUAUUUUUCAAGGAAUCCAGUAACAAUCGUACUUGGGCUUGUCCUGCACAUCACACAUUGGUGCACAGAUUGACGGAUCUGGGGAUUGCCUCGUCCGCGCGGUUUGCGCAAUGGACAUAUUGUAACCUUGUCGAGCAAAUUACCAGCUCAUCGAUGAAGGAUCGCUCAAGGAACUUAUAAUUAAGCAAGACAAAAGGGAAACAAGAUGGGGAAACUCCAGUCAAAACACGCCUGUAAACGCAGAGAAAACCCAGAAGGCAGUUUCGUUGUGAACGCAUACAUCUCUCGGAGAGGAGUGGAAGAGAGCGAGAGGUACGGCGCAGCGGAGCACAAAUUUAAAGAGAGACAGGAGUUAGCAAGUAAUGACCUGAAAGAAAGACAAUUCAUAGAGCAUCACUGUCCCCUAGAGGUCAUCUUACCUCCAGAGAAGGCAGAGGGAUGUGAGAGCUACAUGCAGUUCCUCCACCCGGAGGAAGGGGAGCGGGAGCCUCAGAAGGAGCCGGGCAGAGCCCCCGGAAAGAAACGCAUCAGCCUGGAUGAUCUGGAAUGUGACGUGUCCGUAGAGGAGGAUAAUCGUCAGGAGUGGAUCUUCACCCUGUACGACUUUGACAAUAGUGGGAAGGUUACUAAGGAGGACAUGUCCAGUCUGAUGCACACCAUCUACGACGUGGUGGAUGCCUCUGUCAAUCAGUCCUCCCACAGCAAGAGUAAGACCCUGCGAGUGAAGCUCACCGUCACCCCGGAGCCCAGGACCCGACGGAAAGAUACCACCAGCUCCGGAGCAGAUUGGGAGACAGGGCACUACCGGGGUGAAUCCAGCCAACAGGCAGAAGGGUGCUAUGCUGACAGACGGCUGUCAGCCCACAUCAGAAGACAUAACAAUGAGCCUGUGCCCAGUGGAGAGGGGAACCAUUACUGUGUAGAUGAGAACACAGAGAGAAGGAAUCACUACCUGGACCUGGCAGGGAUAGAGAACUAUACCUCGAGAUUUGAAGCAGGUUCUCCUCCUGUGCCUCCACCUCAGGAGACCCACGGGCGUGGCUCGCACUCACAGAACCGGUCCCGUUCCCAGGACUCCGAGGGGCAGGCGGCCCACCAGCGCCGCUCACAGGUCCUGGGGGAGAACUGCACCCCUUCGGAGUCUCGCGGGAGGGGCUCCCAGUUCCUCAGGUCCCCCAAGGUUGUGUCAUCAAAGGGGGCAGGAGGAGCCCCAUCGGGAGGCAAUGGAGGGGGCAAAUCCAGCAAGUGCCAUGGGCACUACCCCCCAGCACAGCAUGGAGGGCAGGAUGUGUACCACCUGCCCCCACAGAGUCAACCCCAGCCCAGUUCAUCUCACCACCAGCACCCCCUGCAGCACAGCCACAGCAAGCGUCUCCGUGCCAAAGCCAGGGACACCCUCUCCCCCUCCAAGGCCCCCUUCCCCCAGCACCCACCGCAGCAUCCGCCGCCCCCCCCCGGCCCCCAGGGGCCCGAGCGGGAGCAGCCCCACAUCCUGCCGGGCGGCCCCGGGUUUGUGGUUCCCGUCGUGCAGCGCCACGAACACCACCACCAUCACGAACACCAUCAUCAUCACCACUACCACCACUACCACCAGACAUGACUGCAGGCCAGCCAGGCCCUCUGAAUAUCCUCCAGAUCCCUGGGUUCCACCCCUCCGCUGCUCAAGACCGUCCCCCGGACACUUCCUCGCCUGCUGACACACACAGGAUCAGCUGUUUUCACUUAGAGCUGGACUUUGUACUCACAAAUCAGUAAUUUCCUCCUGGGCUGUUACCCCUGCUGCUGUGUGUCUGUGUCGUUCCCACAGACCGAAAUAGCCCCUCUGCAGUCCUGGUGUUUGCAUGGGCCUCGCUGAGUGCGCAGUUCUACAUUACUUCACAACCUUUUCUCAUGUUGUCUGGUGCGACACACCAGAAGGAGUGUGUGUAGUAGGUGUCAGUACGAGGCUGAGUAGCUCUGUGCUGUUGAUGGUUCUUGGUGCGUUCUCAGGUGUAAGGUGCUGCUCUAGCUAUACUGAAAAGGCUACUUCCCCUCCAGGAUACCUGCAAUCGAUGCGGGGCAAUUUCCCUUCUUGGGUUAAAAAAGAAGUUCAUCACCACUGCCAGUUUUAAUGCAAAA